AUGUCUACAAGAGAUGAGAAAGCAGUUUAUAUAUACUUUUAUAUACUUCAUAUAUUUAUAUGUUCUUAUAGUUUACAUACGCUUUUAAUAGUUUGUUAUACUCGAUUCAAUUCUUCCCUUCGCAAACUUUGCAAAUCUGGCGUAUGGGAACCAAGAUUCUUUUAUAAUGCAACUUCUCUCCAAUGUGAGCCAUUUUGGUACGAUGAAUCAUGUGGUCACCACCCUUCACCACUAUCAAAUAUCUUCAGAACACGUCAUCAAUGCAGCAAAAUUUGUGAACUAAAAGAUUCUGAAGUAAUUGGAAAAAUAACGGCUAUGCUAACUGAUGGCAGAAACAUAGGUGAUUGCUUUGCCGCAUAUGAUAUAAAUUUGACCAGAUCAUGCGGUAAUGGAGAAUGGAAGCAGCGUUAUUAUUUCGAUGGGCAAAAUCAGAAAUGUCAAAUGUUUUGGAAUGACGGUUGUCAAUCUUUAAGUGGUAAUAAUUUUGAGGAUUUGGUGACUUGUCAGUGGUUGUGCGAAAAAAUACUACCAAAUCCUAAAUCGACCUGUCUUGAUCCAUUCGAUUCAAUUUAUUUGGAAGAAUGUAGUGAUAAAAAAAACGAAAGGUUCUACUUCAACCAAGAGAAAAAAAUAUGUGAGCGAUUCUUAUAUUCUGGAUGUUUGUCGAUAUCAAUGAAUAUAUUCGCGGAUUAUGGCGAGUGCCAAAAUUUAUGUGAGAAUCGUGAACACGAAUUAACGAGAUCAUGUUUGCAACCCUUUGAUUCAAAAUAUGAGGAAUUAUGUUCCACAGAUGGAAGUUAUAGAAUUCGGUAUUAUUAUGACAUUAGCACAAAGAAAUGCCGUCUAUUUUGGUAUGGAGGUUGCAAGGCUUCAUCCGAAAAUAUUUUUUCUACUUUAGCGAUUUGCAAAUGGGCCUGCGAACGAGAAGUUACUGAAGCAAAAGAGUAUGACAUGUGUGUUGAAAAAUUCGAUGUGCGUUACAUGGAAUUAUGUAAUGAUGGUCAAAGGUGGAUUCAAAAAUGGUAUUUUAAUCAAACAGAUGGUCAAUGUGUACCCUUCUGGUACGGUGGAUGCAUUACUAAUGCACAAAAUAUAUUUGAUGACGAAAAAUAUUGUGAAUGGCUAUGCAAAACAUCAGGUAGGUGUUUAGAAGUUAUAAACAUGAAAACUUCAUUUCUUUUUUUAUAUUAUUCGGCUUAUUUUUAUAAUAAGCAAAGUCGGAGAUGUGAACCGUUCGCAUAUAGUGGAUGUGGUGGAAAUGGAAAUCGCUUUCUUACCCUUGCACAAUGCGAAAAUACUUGCAAGAAAUUCGAAUUCUUUUCAGUUAACAUUGUAGCGUGGUGCUUGAAAGGUUUAUCUCUUGUAGACCAAUGCAAAAAAUUUUGGUAUCAUGGUUGCGGUGGGAAUGCUAACAGGUACUACAGUUUCGCAAGUUGCAGUAGUGUUUGUCAAAAUGUUACUAGUAAAUCAGCUGAAUUAACUGGACCAGUGCAUCCUAUAGUGAUUACCAUAUAUAAAAUGCCGCAUGCUUUUGCAGUCGAGCAUUGUGCUUACUUUCCGGAUUGGGGGCCAUGUAACCAGUUGCAUUAUGUUUGGUUUUUUAAUUUGACAAUAGGUGCUUGUCAACAAUUUCUGUAUGGAGGCUGUGGAGGAAAUCCAAAUCGGUUUGACACCUUUGAAUAUUGCCAACAAACUUGUGAAGUACCACAAGAUGAUGUCUGUAAUGAUCCACUAGAUCGAGGAAAUUGGUGUGAACCUAUGACGAAUCGUUAUUACUAUAAUAAAGAAACAAAAAGCUGUAAGGGAUUUCAUUAUACUGGAUGUGGGAAGAGCGCUAACAGAUUUCUAACAGUUGCUGAAUGCGAAGAAAAGUAUAGUACUUCGAUUUCAAAUAAACAACCUCCAACACAACAGCCUAUGAACCAAGCUAUAAUGCUCUCAGCUGAUACUAAUCCUUACUUUAAAACAGUUGGAGAAUGGGUGAAAUAUGGCCAUUGCAUCGGAUUCCGGUAUUUUGCUAUUAUUGCGCUUCGUUACAAAUUCUUUUUUCAAAUAUUAUUUCAGUCCGUUUUUCAGACAUUUAAAGAAACGAAUGGCGAAGAAAGAUGUUAUUUAGUGCGACCAUGGCUAAGAGAUAUUCAUUACUAUUCAUGGUUUUGGAUUAUUGAACGUAUUGAACCUAAACAGCGUUCGAAUUCACAUCAACGAUUUCAAAAUUUAAGUUACACGAACGCAGUAAUUAUACCUUUAUCCUCUAAUGCUUGUUAUGAUGCUUGCUAG